AUGGAGGCCCGAGCGCUCUGGCUGCUAGCCAUGGUCCUGGCCUUGGGGUUUUACAGAUCAGCUGGAGAGUAUAUCGGCCUGUCGGCGAACCAGUGUGCUGUUCCGGCCAAGGAUAGGGUGGACUGCGGCUACCCCCAGGUCACCCCAGAGCAGUGCAACAGCAGAGGCUGUUGCUUCGACUCCAGCAUCCGUGGUGUGCCCUGGUGCUUCAAGCCUCUCCAGGAAACAGAAUGCACGUUUUGAAGCUGUGACACCACGCUCCAGACUUGCUUGGAUGUGAACCUUCACCCUCUGGGUGCCCUGCCCCCAGUUCC